AAAGUGGGGAUUAGCGAUCAGCGGAAACGAACUUUCCAGAAAUUUCUGCUAGGCUAUAUUCGUUUGUAUUGCAAUCGCUUCCUUGAAUUUCUAGAAAGCCUUUGAUCGUGUGAUUUACGAGUGAAUCGAGAACCUCGUUUUAGUUUUGUGCAUACCUUCAUCGGAACGAUCGAAGUUGUGUCUGAUUUUGACAAGGAAUUAUACAAAUAUUGAUUGAAAAUCUCAAGGACCGUUCAUAAUGGUAAAGGAGACAAAAUUUUAUGAUAUCCUCGGCGUGAAACCUGGCUGUAGUCAGGACGAUUUAAAGAAGGCUUAUCGCAAGCUUGCUUUGAAAUAUCAUCCAGACAAGAACCCAAACGAGGGUGAACGUUUCAAACAAAUAUCGCAAGCCUACGAAGUACUAUCAGAUCCCGAGAAAAAACGUAUAUAUGAUCAAGGAGGUGAACAAGCUCUCAAAGAGGGAGGUGGUGGUGGAGGGUUCUCAAGCCCCAUGGACUUGUUCGACAUGUUCUUUGGAGGUGGUGGUGGCAGAGGCCGAAGGAGAGAGCGGAGAGGAAAGGAUGUUGUACAUCAGCUUAGUGUUACCCUUGAGGAACUUUACAAAGGUGCUGUUAGGAAAUUAGCUUUACAGAAGAAUGUUAUUUGUGAUAAAUGUGAAGGCAGAGGAGGUAAAAGGGGAUCUGUUGAACAGUGCCCAACUUGCCAAGGUCAGGGCAUGCAGAUCCAAAUCCAGCAGCUUCGUCCAGGCAUGAUUCAACAGAUCCAAACAGUCUGUUCUGAAUGUCGUGGACAGGGCGAAAGAAUUAACCCUAAGGACCGCUGUAAACAAUGUCAAGGCAAGAAAGUGGUCAGAGAUAGGAAAAUUCUGGAAGUAAAUAUCGAUAAAGGUAUGGUGGAUGGUCAGAAGAUAGUUUUUAAUGGGGAAGGAGAUCAGGAACCCGAGUUAGAACCCGGAGAUAUUAUUAUUGUUUUGGAUGAGAGGGAACACCCUGUAUUCAAGAGAUCUGGCAGUGAUCUGAUUUUAAGGCUAGAAAUUCUGCUUGUUGAAGCCUUGUGCGGGUUCCAAAAGGUUAUCAAAACAUUGGAUGAUCGUGACCUAGUGAUAACGUCAUUGCCUGGUGAGGUGAUCAAGCAUGGAGACGUCAAAUGCAUCAUGAACGAGGGUAUGCCCCAAUAUAAAAAUCCAUUUGAAGCCGGCCGUCUCAUUGUGCAAUUUUGGGUCAAUUUCCCUGAUUCCUUACCACCAGAAAUCAUUCCCACCCUCGAGCAGGCCCUUCCUCCUAGGCCUGAAAUAAUGAUACCAGAUCAAGCUGAAGAAGUGACACUCUUACCCUUCGAUCCUGAGCAGGAAGCAAGGCGUAGGUCACAAAAGAAUGCUUAUGAUGAUGACGACGAAAUGGGAGGCCCAGGUCAAAGGGUUCAAUGUGCUACUAGCUAAAUAUGCGCAAUCGUGCAUCGUGAAUGUUGAGAGUAUUAGAAUUACUUCUUCAUACGUUCCAUUUCUACUAUUACAUACACCUCGUAGAUGUACAUGGAGUCGAGGCUGAGAUUUUCUUUCUACUAUUGCGCUAUUCCGAUGUAGCUGUGUUUCUCCUAUUUAUUUCUUGUAAUAGUGGUACCAUUUGUAAUUUAUUAACUAUCAUUUACAAUAAAGAUGAUGUAUAUAA